GAGCCAAGCAUCUCUAUCCUUGUAUAUAUUUUUGUCACUGACUUAACCGUCUCGUGUUGUCUCUGAUAUCAAAUCAUUUAUGUCAAUAAAAUCAAGCAAUACGUCAUUAAAAUAAAGUGUUUUUGAAGAAAAAUCUUAUUUAUUAUUCGUAGCAAAGGCUUUUCCGAAAACAUUAUGUGGCUGGAAGGAAACUGCGGUUGCGAUGAACCACAGCGUUCAGGGAUGGGGCUACCCUGUCUGCAGAGACCUGCUCCUCACUUUAGAGAAACGGCAGUAAUUAAUGGAAUGUUUAAGGAAAUUGGACUCGACGACUACAAAGGACAGUACGUCGUUCUCUUUUUUUAUCCAUUAGAUUUCACAUUUGUCUGUCCCACUGAAUUAAUCGCCUUUUCCGAAGCUUCAAAAGAAUUUAAGAAAAUUAAAACGGCUAUAAUUGCUUGUUCUACUGAUAGCCAAUAUACGCAUUUAGCUUGGACUCAAACGUCAAGGAAACAAGGUGGAUUGGGUGAUAUGCAUAUUCCUUUAGUUGCUGAUAAAUCUAUGAGAAUUUCGAAAGCUUACGGUGUAUUGGAUGAAAAUACCGGCGUUCCUUUUAGAGGGCUAUUUAUAAUUGAUGGAAAAGGAAUUUUAAGACAAAUCACAAUAAAUGAUUUGGCAGUGGGAAGAUCUGUCGAAGAAAUUUUUCGUUUGGUACAAGCAUAUCAAUUCACCGACGAAUUUGGAGAGGUAUGUCCAGUUAAUUGGAAACCUGGUGACAAAACAUUAAAACCAGAUCCAAAUAAAAGUAAAGACUAUUUCAGCUCAACGAAUAAGUAGAUUCGAAAAUAAUGUAUGUUCGCUUUAAAUUUUAAUGAAGAAAACAAAAAAAUAGUUUCCUAUAUAAAUAAUGGAAUGAUAGGGUAAAUUCGGGAGAGACGGUACAAUAUUUUUAAUUUUUUAAAUAAGAAUAUUUAUAGUUAUAACCAAAAUUAUUAAAUAAUGGUCCACUUAGUUUGUAAAAAAGAAUACCUACAUUUUAUUUCACAUAACCAAAUGAUUAAAUAGUAUAUUACAUACCAAGUGUGGAAAGUGUAACAUUUCGCACGAGUUGAAGUUUAGCACGAGCCGCGUAGCGGCGAGUGCAGAAACUAAACGAGUGCGAGAAAUACACUAUUUGUGUACACUAUUUUUUCUACGACCACACACAAAAUCCUUAAAAAAACGUCUUUUUUAAAUGAGAAAGUCAAUUAAACCAUAUCACACAUGUACUGAAAAGUAUAUAUUUUUUUACUUUUCAAUACAUGUGUAUUUUGCUAUUUUUCAAUACGUGUGUGAUAUAUAUUUCAGUACACGUGUGAUA